GAAUUAUACCAAACACGAUGGGCAAGCAACUUGGACUGACGCUCAACUGGGCCACGGAGCACCAGUUUGGUGUGCUCGCGUUCAGCAACGUGAAAAACAAACGCGCUCCGCAACCCCUGCAAGGAAAACAAACAGUACCGGUCACCAUAAACCAGUUCGAUGUCGACUUCGCCCUGGACGAACCGAACCUACGCGCCAUGGUUAGCGAGUGUGGCCGGGUUUUCUAUGAUCUGCAACAGCGACGCUACGGCUUGGUUGGUGGUUCCACGCAAACGAUCGAUUUCGUAGAGAUAUCGCAACGCUACCGGUUGAUCGUUCGGCACGCUAUUGAUAAAAUUAAACUUUUGAUAGCGGAACCUUCGAACUCUCCGGAACCAGCAUCGGAACUGUGUCGCCAAACUUACGAAGCACAAAUCCGCCUGUUCUACGGAAUUGAGUGUACCUGGCACCUGAUUGAGUUUCUGCUUCUGGACAACAACAAAUCGGCAGCUAUCGUAAUGCCGCUGCUUGAGUGGAUUCGCUAUCACUUUCCCCGUCCGGCACAGGAAGCCAACGAGCUGCUAAAGCGGGACCUGCAGGUGGAACAUGCUGAAAACUAUUGGUCCGUUAUGAAGUCUCUCGUGCUGCAGGGCCAAACAAUGAUUGCCCGUGCGUUACUUCGGCUACACGUUUCCGCCAACACACACGGCUUCCGGACGGCCGACCAGCUGCUUCAAUCGAUCCCUAUCUACAGUGUUUACGGGGGCCUAUCGGUGCACAAGUUUCAAACGCAGUGGCAGUGCUGGUGUCGUAAGGUUCAAACACUGCUUGAUACCGGCACUUUUACUGAUGAACCGUACCUGGAAGAGAUCCUUCGGCUAGUAAUCGGUGACCAGCAAGUAUGGGCGCAGCAGCUUUCUAAUGCAACUUCCUGGUACGAGUACUUUCCGGGCUACUUACUUUACACCGACUCGACGUGCAAGUACUAUCAAUUGACCGAACACGUCAGCGAAUGGAUGGCAAAGUUUCGCGAAGCACAACCUGCGACCGGGAGAGAAAAGCUUCUCGACAAGCUGGUUCUCGCCGUAAUGGAGAACGACCUCAUGGAAGUAGUGCGGCAGGUACAGGGGCUACCGGACAAUGGAUGGUUUGCGGUGCAUCUUGUGGAUCUGCUUCACCAUGCAGGACAACUGCUAGAACUCGGCACUGUACGGAUCGACGAGACUGGUACGUCUUCCCCCGGUAGUGAAGGUGGCGAACGUGUUGAUCUCGGUAAACUGGUACGCGAUUCUGUAUUGUACGACUAUGGUACGCUACUGAUGUCCCACCCUUCGUUGUGGAUGCUGGGGAUAGAGUAUUUGGAGUUUUCUAGCACCCUAGGGCUCGGGGCCCAAGAAACACUACUCGCUCGUAUCCCCAUCCGGAAUGAGUCUCAAGCGCGUAAAAUUCUGGCCGUUGCACGAAAACAAGGCUAUGUUAGCGUUGAAGCGGAGGUCUGCAAGGUGCUGACGAAGCGCUUCCUUGCUCUCAAGCGCUACGGUAGUGCCCUGGACUGGGCGAUCCGGUCGGGCGAUAGUGCGUACGUGUGCGACGUGGCCAACAUCUUUCUGGAGCACUACUGCAACCAUGGUGAGCUGUUGUGUGAGUCGCUGGUCGCAAAUUUAGGCGCCGAAGUGUUCAUUUCUUCUCGGCUGGUGUUCCUGAAGAAAUACUACGAUUUUCGGCAGUUCUACCAGGAGCAAGCAUAUGCGAAGGCGGCCGAAUUGCUGGUCAAUUUGAUGGAUUCGAAAAUUAUGCCCUCAUAUUUCUGGCCAUGCUUGAUGUCCGAUGCUAUACCACUGCUCGAGUUUAAGGAACCGAUCAUUCCAUCGAAAGAAACGCUCAUCAUCCUCGAACAUCUGCAGAUGGAUCUUGUGCCAAUGUUGCAACAAAGGCAGCAGAAACAGGGAGACGAGAAAGUGGACACCACCGACAGCCAAAAGAUGGCGCUCAUACCCAAGUUUGCCUCCAAUCUGCUAAACAACUGUACGGAGGAUUUAAUUAAAAUGUUGCGACUGGCUUGCGCAAGAAAUCUGUCCCGUGCUCUCAUCAUCGAGAACACAAUAAGUGGCUGA